AUACAUAUUUGCACCCUUGACAUUGCUUCUAUGACAUCAACAUUUUUUUUCACGCGCACUAUGAAUGAGGGCUUGAUUAUAGAAAUGAACCGUAGUGAAAGAAGUAGCUGACCUGCACCUGCUCAUAUCGAUAGUGGAAGAGGACAAUGAGUCCUCGCGUUGGUCUUGUUCUUAUUUCCUACUCGAGUCAUGAUAAACUCGUUAGUAACGCUUUCUUUCGGGAUCUCUUUGUUCAUCAGUUCUUUGUGAUAAUGAUUUUUGAACCAUAGCAGUGGUCUGGCUACUCGUGUCGUGUUAUGUUAAAAUCCUAGGUCGUUCAAAACCAAGAAAAUAUAAGAUUGAAAAAGGAAAGACAGUAAUACUAAUAAACGACGGUAGGCGUAGUUUAUUGACGGACGAGGGAACUCGAUCCAUGUUCAUUCCUUUUCCCCAAGAUUGGACCACUACUGCUACUAUGUAUUGUUUUGCGUGACCGGGUUGUCCACCUGCUCGCAUAGCCUCGAAGAUGUCGACAGAUGAGAAGGGGCACUCCUACAAGAGCAGUAGACCCAAAAGUGGCACAGACAAAGAGCACAGAGAACGGAAGCACAAGUCAGAUAAGUCAGAUGGCGAUCGGGAGCAUAAGGAUCGAAAGUACAAGUCGGAGGACGGUGGUCGGGAGCACAGGAAGUAUAGGCAUGGCGAAGAAAGGCUAAGAUCACAGGAGUACCUGGAUAUUGACCCUCCGGAAAUCGAAAAGAAAAAACAACCUGUUGCGUUUAGCGAUGACCGUGCCCUGCGGCGGCUUGACAAGCUGCUUAACCGGGGUCCGCCACCGAGGAAAGUGCUCGAUGCGCCAAUAAUAAAGGGAAGCCUAGCAAGUCUUCCACCGGAGGUGAAGUACCAUGAAUACGCUAUGAACGGCAAUCGGAUGCAAUAUUUUGAGGGAGUGGCCCAUCAAGGGAAUUUGCCUGUGGAAUGUGAUACUAAGAUUUCUAAAAAGAUGAAAGCGCCCCAGGGCGAAAAAGUCGCCAAACUUGCUGAAGCGAAGCAAAACAAGACAGAAGUCGAGGAAGCGCUAGUGGUAAUAUUUUUUAGAUUUACAACUUAAGCUGGAGAUUCGCUGAUUUAGUUUUACAUGGGUAGUUCUUCUUACGAGGAUAUGAACGCCGACGAAGAUAUGGGAGAUUGAAAAGACUCGCAAAACUAACAGGUCUUGACCUUUUAUAUCCUUUACUUACCUGCUCAUCCAAUAACAUUUUGAGCGCAGCAAGACGAAGUAUUGGCAACGAGUUAUGCCAACUGCUGUUCGGCUGCUGUUGACUGUUUUCCUUAAGACUGACAUGAUAAAUAGCUCUAUCAGAUGGAUUUCAGCGCGUGUGGUAGAAGACAUACCUCUGGGCACCUCAUCAAGCUGCGGCAUAUUUAUAUGUAAGUGCAUCCCGGCUCACAACUAUUGGUAAUUUCGAAUUUAUUUCCUCUCGCUUCAGGAACCGGCGAUAAUAGUAGACGCCUCGAAGAUUGGGGAAGUGAAGCCAAGAGUGGGACUGUGGAACACCAUGAUGGCUAAUAUGACCAUUGGUGGUACACAAUCGAAGCGGACGGUUUAUGUAAAAGACGCGGCAACAGGUAAAUGGAAGCUUGACGAAACAGCUCCUGCUCCUCCAGCUGCCGGUGAUAAUCCAGCAGCAACACCUUCCCCAGAUGGAGCUGGCGCUGGGAAAAGAACGAGGAAAAGUUGGCAGGAGAAUCUGGUCCCUGCGUCGAAAGCCGAAAUUCCUACGGAAAUACCGAAGAGGGAAAAUUAGUUACCCAAGCUGGACAACAUGUACUCCCAAGAAGAGGGGGGGGAGACAAACAGUCACGGUACCCGCACCCCACAACUACUACCCCCCCUUAACAUGUACCUGAAGAUUUCCCUUCUUUUGGAAAAGCGUCUUUGUAAAAUGAUUUGUUGUGAUGUAGGAAGUUUUUCUGGAAUUUGGAGAAAUUAUGUCGACACAGAUGCGUAGUAGAAUGGAACACAGACCUUUUUUUGUGAGAACAAGAUCAUGAUGUGGCAUGAGGUAGAUACUUAUGCUUGCUUGGCCAGCUUCUACCAAGUAGACACAAAUAACUAAAUAUUCUGCUCGUCCUGUAAUUCAAUGCCUCGGGCGUGUAGACAGUUACCCACGGACAC